AUGGAUAUCGUUCUCGAGGUCGUAGACACCCUCUUUGGGGACUACUUAUACGCGACACUCUAUCCGGCGAAGCCUGCACCUUAUGACUUCCCACACCCCCCGUCCAACGAGACCGUCAACGACAAGACAUUCUCAGCAUGGACAUAUCAGCCGUCGACGCACUACUUCUCCCUCGAGCCGUCACAAUAUGCCUACAUGAGCCAAUGGCCGCGCGAUAACAUCUACCGCCAGGCCUUGUCCCUGUUUCUCAUUGUCUGGCUUUUCGGCCUGGUCGUAUACUUCGUCUUCGCCAGCCUGUCGUACGUCUUCGUCUUCGACAAGAAGACCAAGGAGCACCCAAAGUACCUGAGGAACCAGGUCGCCCUCGAGAUCAAGCAGACCAUGACCUCGAUGCCCUUCAUGUCCAUCUGCACCACGCCCCUGAUGCUGGCCGAGGUGCGCGGGCACAGCAAGCUCUACGACACGGCCGCCGAGGCCCCCUUCGCCGCCUACAGCUGGGUGCAGUUUCCCUUCUUCGUCAUGUUCACCGACUUCUGCAUCUACUGGAUCCACCGCUGGCUUCACCACCCGCUCAUCUACAAGAACCUGCACAAGCCGCACCACAAGUGGAUCAUGCCCACCCCCUUCGCCUCCCACGCCUUCCACCCGCUCGACGGCUUCGCCCAGUCCUUCCCCUACCACGUCUUCCCCUUCUUCUUCCCCCUGCAGAAGCUGUCCUACGUCUUCCUCUUCGUCUUUGUCAACUUCUGGACAAUCAUCCACGACGGCGAGUUCGUCUCCGACAACCCCGUCGUCAACGGCGCGGCGUGCCACAGCAUCCACCACCUCGCCUUCAACUACAACUACGGCCAGUACACCACCCUCUGGGACCGCAUGGGCGGCUCCUACCGCAAGCCAGACCCCAGCAUGUUCGACAAGCAGGAGAACAUGUCCCAGGCCCAGUGGGAGAAGCAGAGCAGGGAGAUGGAGAAGAUGGUCAAGGUCGUCGAGGGUGUCGACGAUAGGGCGUACCUGCCAGAGGCAAAGAAGACCAGGUAG